AUGGUUCUCUACAAAGUGAUCUGUGUGGCAGCUCUGCUGACUCUACUGGCAGCAGAAUCUCAUUCACAACUAAAUGUGUGCGGUCGGCCUCCUCUCAACACUAGGAAUGGUGGGGGACGGGAGGCCUCUGCAGGCAGCUGGCCCUGGCAGGUCAGUCUGCAAAGAUCUGGUGACCACUUCUGCGGAGGAUCCCUCAUUAACAAAGAAUGGGUGCUGACGGCUGCUAAUUGCUUCGACAGCACAAGCACACAACAUCUGGUUGUUGUCCUCGGACUCCAGAGUCUACAGGGGUCCAACCCCAAUAACGUGUCUCUGACAGUCUCCCAGAUCAUCAAUCAUCCCGACUACAACAGAAACACUUUUGACAACGACAUCUCCCUCCUGAAGCUCUCCUCACCGGUUACUUUCAAUGACUUCAUUAUGCCAGUGUGCCUGGCAGCCUCAGACAGCACCUUCUACGAUGGAGUGAACACCUGGAUCACCGGCUGGGGUGACAUCGGAUCCAAAACAACCCGUCCUUCCCAACAAAACCUCAUGGAGGUGGAGAUGCCUGUUGUUGGGAACAGACAGUGUGACUGUGACUAUGGACAGAGCUCAAUCACAGGCAACAUGAUCUGUGCUGGGUUUACCGCUGGAGGGAAGGACUCCUGUCAGCUUGAUACAGGUGGUCCGAUGGUGAGAAAGACAGGAAGUGUCUGGGUCCAGGCUGGAGUGAUGAGCUUUGGAGAAGGUUGUUCACUGCGUAAUUUCCCAGCAGUCUAUGCCAGAGUGUCCCAGUAUCAGUCCUGGAUCAACAGUCAAAUCACCAGCGACCAGCCAGGCUUCGUCACCGCCACGUCCACUGGGACUGACAGUGACGUCAGUGUCAAGUGUUCCAGCCUGCCUCAAACAACUGAACUCAAGUUCUCCAUACCGAAACCAGUAUCAGAGGACAGCACCCUUAACAUCACGUCGAAAAGAACGUUGAGACAGAAGAGAUCCUCCAACAUACCUGGUGCAAGCUCCAACCUGAAAUGGGUGUAUAGGCAUUCUUGCAGUUCUCUUCCUGAUGGAUCUGUGUCGUUUUACAACAGCUACGUAAAACGCCUUGACUACAUCUGCAAAUGCGAUUGUUAUUCAGGUUUCCACACUGCAGGAAGUAAUACGUGUAACUAUGGCAUUCAUAAAAAAGAGCGUGUAUGCUCUAAUUUUGAUGUCCUGGUGAGCAAAGACGCAUUGGAGGCUUUGGAGUGGAAAACUGGCUCACAUGGUUCAGUGCCUCCAAAUUCAAUCCAGAUCUGCUCCUCCCGUAGGCUUUAUGUUGCAAAAAACAAGUAUGGUCUUGGGUAUGCUGAUGGUAAAUAUUUCUACCUUCCCUGGAGAGGUCGUGAAGAUAGGUACGAAUAUUAUGAGGCCCUGACCUUUAACAAAGAUAUUUUCAGAGAGCACAUUUCUGAUGUCAGGUACAAGACUGAUCAGGCUAAAAGAUUUCAGCAUCCUCCAGAGGCCAUGGGCGAGUUUACCAUUGUCAAUAAUCAGUGCAGAGAUGUCACAAAAACAUCUACGAUCUCAAACACGUAUGAAGAAGAGAAAAGGUGGGACACUAGCACUGCCAUCUCAGCUGGUGUCAGAGCUAGCAUCACUGCUGGAAUCCCAUCUUUUGCCGAAAUAGGUAUUGAGGUUAGCAUUGAGGUAACCAACGCAUUCUCCAGUGGGACCACCCUAAAGGUGUCGAAAAACCUCGCUGUUGAUGUAGAAGUAACUGUACCACCAAACCACUCCUGCAGUGUCCGUGUUGUAGGACAUAGGUACUCAGCAAAUAUCCCUUACACAGCACGCCUCACCCGCACCUACCGUAAUGGGAAAACCAGAUCGACAACCAUCACUGGGAUGUACAAGGGUGUCAAUGUUGUAGAUUUCAAGGGUGUUGCGGAUCGCUGUGUUCCUAUACCCAAUGCUAAGCCUUGCAAGUGAAAGAAAAAUGGAAGAAUACUUAAAAAGGUACUUAUGCUAAUUUCCAGCUCUAUAUUUUUGAUUUUUUUACUCCACUAGCUUUGAAUGAUUCACAGUUCAAAAAAACGUAUUAAUCUUAUAGUGGCCCUUUAUGCAGCCUCUCAGUUCAGUCUGAAGCAGGCUGUUUUGGAUCCCUGAACCACCAACGCUGUUAUACUGCAGUGUUUUCUCUUGUAAUGUAACUCUGUUCUUCUCAAUCAAGCUUCAAUAAACUUUCCAGCAUCAGA